AUGGUCAAGAAUAUAGACGAUGCAAUGCUAUCGCUCAACGACGCUCUCAACGAACUCGGCAAGCUCCGGAUACGUACAGACGCCUGUAAGGUUGAUUUGAACCUCUCUGUCGAAGAAGCCAAAGCAUGUGUCGAGGUAUUCAUUGACCUUUUGGACCAAAUGAUCGUACCUGACAUUUUCACUUCCUCCAUUGAUCUCGAAUUGCUCCGGGUCUUGCCUGACAUUAUCAAUUCACCAUAUAUUAACAUCGAGCCAGGCAUGUAUGUCAUGUACUACAAUGCUUUGUACUUUGGCCUUAACCAGAUCCGGGGACUCGGAGAUGCACAAGCCCAGGGAAUGUAUCUCAAGAUACUGGAAGCUGUCCCUGCAUGGCUCGAGAGCAAUAUAGUUACCGAAAUGGAUGGCCAUACGGCUGCAUUGACAGCCUGGACGGCAACCAGCAACCACGACUACCAGCUUUCAUGGAAGUUUCAUUGUAAAUCAUGUCAUUAUGUCAAGACCAGAAAGAUCGAUCAAGUGGACCUUGUACCUGCGAAAACUUUUGAAGAGGAGGACAAGAAAGAGGGCGCCCGGUAUUUGUACUGGCAUGUCUUGUCGACAGACAUGCUAUUUCGACUAUUCUACGGGAAGCCUACUGUGGUAACAGAGAUCCUCAAUGAGAUUGAUGAUUGCAAAAAUCUCGAAGAAGAUGAGGAAAUCCGACGAAAGGUAGAUACAUACUGCGACCAGAUGCGUGGCUUGAACGAUGAGUGGAACUUGGAAACAACCAUGAAGGAGGAUGAGUCGCAGGACCAGCGCUUCCUCUUUGCAGAUCAUGUCAUGACGAUUUAUGCCGUUAUUAUUGGUGUUCGACGGCUAUUACUCUUGAAGCAGCCCGAAAAGUUGUGCGAAUCACUCUCGACUUCUCUGUCGAUUCUGCACCCCCAGGAGAAGCUCAAUCACUUCAUAAGCUUCUACCCCUUUUGUGCCGUUUUCGCUCUUUACGAGAACAUCCUCGCCUGUGCCGACCCCUCGGACUGCGAACAAGACGUCCAACUACUUGAAGCUAUCGGCGAAACCAUGAACGAGGCAUCCGCCAAACGUACCGACUUCUCACCCUUCGCUGCGACCAUCAAUGCUCUCAACCAAGUCACUCGGUCAUUUCAAAACGAGCGACGUAGGGCAAAGGAUGGCAACUUUGCGGUCGGAGAAACCGCAGAUAUUUUGAGGACGGGACGCAGCCGAUAG